CUGCGCAGAUCAGCCCGGGUUAUUGUAUGUAAUCUUUGAUUCACUUACAAUAAACCCAGCUGCAUCAGACUCUGAGAAGUGUGCAUCUUUUGAAGAAGCAUUCAACAGUGUGGAGGAGAGUGACCUCGGCGUUCCUGGCCCAGGCCGGGGCCCGCUUUUCCUGCCCACAGGACCAAAUGUACAGACAGCGUACCUGAAGCCGACGUUAGUCAUGAUGGAUGCGCUGCUUCCCACAGCCUUGAUGCUACUGCUGACCUCAGGCUGCUGUUCCGGUCAGGAUGCACUACCAUCGAGCCCGCUGCCCGGUGCAGUAGGAGGGAGUGUGACGUUCACGACUUCAAUCGCUUCAACAGAAAAAGAAUUAGACACAAUCAUCUGGCAAUUCACUACAGGAUCCGAAGCUGUAGUUACGGUCUUCAAUUCUACUAACAACGCUGCUACGGGGCCUGAAUACAAGGGCAGAAUCGGUGUGGACACAUUCACUGGUUCUCUGGAGCUCAGGGAGCUGACACUGAAGGACAGUGGUAAUUACCGCGUGAACCUGACAGUAAAUGGUACGGAACAUACCGGAGAAACUACACUGGGCGUGUAUGAGAACAUAACUGGGAUCAGCAUCACAGGUCCCACAGAAGCACUGAUCGCAGGUAAGAGCUCUGCCAACCUGAGCUGUCAGGCAACUGCUGGAACCAACAUCUCCAGGGAGUGGCUGAAGGAUGGAGACCCACUGUCUCCUAGCAACAGAACCAAAUUCUCUGAGGACAACAGCUCUGUGUCCAUAGACCCUCUACAAGGCACUGACAGUGGACAAUACCAAUGCAGACUUACCAACCCUGUGAGCACCGACACUGCCAGCUACAACCUGACCGUCAACUUUGGACCAGAGAACGUAGUUAUAAAUGGUGAGGCAGCACCAGAGGUCAAUUCGAAACUGGAGUUAAUAUGCAGCGCAGAGUCGGUGCCUCCUGCUAGCUUUUCCUGGUUGGUUAAUGGGACAGCCAGAGCGGCAAACGGCAGUCUCGUCAUAGAGAACGUCAGCAUUAAUGACGCUGGGAACUAUACCUGCGUGGCCAGCAAUAAUGUUACUGGACUGUAGUCCUCUUAUGUCCUGCCCUUGACUGUGACAGCGCCGGAUCCACAGCCAGUCCCUGAAUCUUCUCAGUCCCUCUCGGGCGGAGCUAUCGCUGGCAUUGUCAUCGGCACCAUAGGGGGAGCAGGGCUCAUCGGCGGUGGAGCUUUCUUUGCCUAUAAAAAGCUGUUUAAGUGAGAGGGCUCUCCUGCCACAAAGCUGUCUUUUCCUGUUGUUCUCCAAACAUACGGUAGGAGGUUGCCGUGUGACCAGGACAGGAUAUGAAACCCACCCUGUACUUCUGGGACUAUGUGAUGAUGUCACAAAGGUUCUGUGCAUUUUGAUGAUGCUUGGAGAGCAAGAAUGCAUUUCUUCCAUCUUUCAGCAACUUUACUGACUAUUACAGUUGAUUUAUAUUCAGUUACUUUUUUUAAACUGUAGCUGCGCAAACAAAAUAAGUCUGUGAUAUGAUUUCAAUAAUGAAGUUAAACAAUGGUUCCUUUGCUUCACAUUUCUUUAUGAUGAGGAGAAAAUGUUUGUAUGAAAUGAUUGUCUAUUCAGUUGUUAGAGUCAUUGAAUUACCACUUUAUAAAUCAACAAAGCAGAAGCAUGUGAUACUGUGAAUGAAGCCUCUUCAAAUUUUUAAUUGUAUACACGCCACAAAUCAAUAUUUUUAUAAACUUCUUAAUUUCCUUUUACAGAAUGGAGUUUGCAAGAGAUUAACCUUAUUUUCAUUUACACAAAAUUGCAAUACAAUUUAUUUUUGUCAAUAUUAUUAUUUUUAAAUUCAAUUAAAAAUGUUAUUUUUAUUUACAGAUUAUUGGUAUUGUCAAGUUCUUGGUUUUCUAAAUAAAAUAAUCGAAUUUUGCUGUAA